AUGCGGGAUAUCGGCGCAAAUCCGAAGUUGACUCUGUCAGCAAUUCUCAAUAUGCAGAAAAUUUACAGAAUCGCCAUCAUUGUGUUUGCAUUAUGUCUAUCCUUUUAUACUCUAUCAUUCUUUUCGGAUCUCCAGUUGGGUGUCCCAGAAUGGAACCCGUAUGAGGGAGAUCCAUCUCAACCUCCCACUGUUCCUGUUGACCAAAAUCGCCGAUUUGCUUUAGUCGUUCCUGUCACUGGUCCCAGCCCCAACUUAUGCAAGACGAUAUUCUCUGCGCUUGCUCUAGGAUACCCGAGCCCUGUCAUUAUGAAUUGGGGAGUAGACUACCACGAUAUAUCUCAUUGGAAAUUGGGCAGGAAUCUCCCAAAGAUUCCUGGUUUCGUACAAUAUCUCGAUUCCGUAAUGCACCCCAACGCUACAUCUAUGGAAAAGCUGGAAGAUGACGACCUGGUUCUUAUGGUUGACGGUCACGAUGUCUGGUUCCAGUUACCAGCCGAAGUCCUACUCAGUCGUUACCAUGAGAUUAACAAAAGAGCCAACCAAAUGCUGCGCAAGCAGUGGACCGGAUCAGGCCCGAUGCCUAUGAGACAGACUAUUGUGAUGGGUUCACAAAAGAAAUGUUAUCCUCGUGGUCUCGAGAAGUACGGCAUUGAUAUGCGUUGUGACUACUGGCCAGAGAGUCCACUGAGAGCAGAUCUGUAUGGGCCAGAAACGGACAAGAACAGUUCCGACUUCUCCCACAAUAGACCGAGAUGGAUCAACGGUGGCAUGUACAUUGGCCCAGCAGGUGACAUGAGACGAAUGUUGCGUCGCGCAUUGAAUGACAUGGAGGCGAUGAUCGGAGAUGGUUUCCACGUGCGAAGUGACCAGGGCAUGCUAGGAAACCUGAUCGGGAAGCAAGAGGUCUGGAGACAGUGGCAACGACAUAAUCAGAUGAAGAAUGAUGACCUGCGAGGAUUGGUCGAUGGGAACAUGGAAUACUACGCUGGACUCGACUACUCUGAGGAGCUUUCUAGCCAAGCCAAGUUCACAAAGAUUGAAGGAGAAGAUGAACUCUAUGACACCGAAUUUAUCUCUCUGGGCGAUAAGGAGGUUAUCAAACAGCAUUCAGAGGCUCGAGGAAUAUCGCCAGUCCGACUAAAGGGUCUACCUGACGAUGUCAACAUGUCUCGAAACCCGCUAUCCGAGUUUGAUCAUACUGCAACCUGGAGUACAAUGCCUCUGUACGCUGACUUUUUUAUCGGGAACGUGCCGGCGAUAAUACAUCACAACGGUUACAAAGAGCGACGCCAGACAUGGUGGGAUCGUCCGUGGUAUCAUCAACGCCUGAGAGAGCUCGUAACCCCUCGUCUCAAAUCGCUGCCCAUAAAUAAACCGCUGGCAACCGUCCGUGCUGGAAACAACCAGGUCAGAUACUGGGGUGUGCCAGCGGAGUCAAGAGACAGAUAUCCCCGAAAGGCCAAUGCAACGGCGAAUGGCAGGUUCGCCAAGAUGGAAUUUAAGGAGCUGUGUCAAUGGGAAGAGAAGCCACUUAAAGAUGCGAAAGACACUUGGUGGGAAGAAGUACUACGAGACGGUAAAGGGCCGUUUAGGUAA